AUGGCAUCCAAGCUGAAAUUAAUUCCAGACAUUGCACCAAAAGAAAUGGGAUGGAAAUGCAAAGUCGUAGUUGUAGAAAAAACAUCUACAAGAACAUCACAAAAGGGAAAUGGAACUUAUCAACACCUCUGGUUGAUGGAUACUGAGGAAAACAAAGUCCAAGCUACAAUAUUCGCUCAGAAUAUCAAAGCUCUUGAAAACACCUUGGUGCCAUUAAAGACCUACCUGAUUUCCAAUGCAUAUGUCAAGAACACUGAAGAACGGUUCAGAUCAGCUUUUGGACAUACACAAUGGACAAUCACUGGUUCUACUCGAAUUGAAGAAUCAGAUGACGACCACAGCCCUCUUGUAGAGUCGUGCUUCCAGUUUACUCCAUUCGAUGAGCUUCAGAAUUACCUAGACACUGAUGUCGAAAUAGCAUUUGCUGGCAUUGCUGUUGACGUUAGGCCAAAACGAAAGAUUCCAAGUAAUAACAAAGUUGCUGCUACUGUGCAGGACAUUGUUCUUGUCACUUCAUUCAAAGUGAUAUCAUUAUCAACUAAGGCAAACAGUUCAAUCCUGAUUAAUCCUAAGUUUGAAAAACUUUCUGGACUUAGAGAAUGGGUUCAAAGAAACAAAGACAUACUCACAGAAAUCAUCUUUCAAAAGAGUUACGAUCUGCCAAACAUCAGUUGGAUGUCAUAUGCUCAGUUGAAUGAAAUGUACUUUUGCAAUUAUUACAAAUACAUGCAUGCAAGAGCACUCCCAAGGGCACGAUGCAAUGUUCAUAUCACAGAUGCUACCGGGUCUAUUUCUGCGUCCUUAUUUGGUGAAGUGGCAGAAAAAUUCCUGCAACUUCCAGCUGAAACAUUGAUGAAGGAUUGUUUAACAUCAGAAGAUUUCAUCAAGGCUCGCGAUUUGAAUUGUCCAGUUCAAGAUCGAUUGAUUUAUAUGAAUUAUUUUGAGGCUGCAAUGGAGGGUUUGGUCAUGCUUAGUGAAAUAGUAUCAGGGAAAUGUUGGGUUUGGUGA